GUCACUUCUGUUUCUCUGUGUGUGGUGUCUUCGUUCUUCGUUCUCAAUUUUUGCGUACAUAUUUUGUAGCUUUGUUGAUUUUACUGCGUUUUUCAGUAUAUUGAAGAUUUUUUCACCUUUAGAAAGUAAUCCGGUCAUUAUAUUAUACAAUGUCCUUUGCUGAAAAAAUUGGAAGUUUACUGCAGAGACCAAAUGAAGAUCCAGUGCCAAAGGAUGAUGUUCCAUGGUGGAUGAAAUAUGCUGGAAGAGGUCUAGGUACUGUUGGUGGUGGAAUGGCAAUUUUCCUGGGCAUGUGGAACUGUAUUGGAAUACUUUUGGGCAACAUAGAUUGUUUAUUAGGCGGCAUGUGGCAAAUGGUUGCCGGAUUCUUGGUGAUUGUCAUCGAGGCUCCAUGUUGCUGCAUGUUUAUUGACUUUGUACAGACUCUCAGUGACUAUGUAGACAAGCGUCCGUAUUGGAACCGAGCUGUUCUUUAUGGAGGUAUCGCUAUUCCGGCCAUUGUGUUCUGCCCGGGAUUGGGAAGCUUGUUUGGAAGUGGUCUGAUACUUGGAACCGGCGUUAUUUACGGGAUGAUGGCUCUGGGUCGCAAAGGGUCACAGCAAGACAUGGCAGCCAUGGCGUCUUCUCCCACCGGAGUGGUGAGUCAGGCCGACCACCACACCACACUGAUGGAGGACCCGGAUGUGUGGCGUCCUACGUAAACAGUGUCGCCAACGUCACUGAGGCAGGCAUCACCAGAGGAGAUGAGACAGAAUGCAUCCCAACUUGUAGACAACGCGCAGCCUAUCGGAGUCAGCCAACCUGCCAAGGUGCCCCCUGUGUGACCCCCCUUCUUUACCCCCUCCCUCCUCAGCUGUGGCCUACCCUCCGACCUUAGGGGUAAACUCGUGUCUUCAGUUGUUAAUAGUUGAAUUUCGAUGAAUAAAUAUAUUUUUUGUUAGACUGUCUAAGACAGUCGUGUAAUUAGGUUGUCUUUCAUGUUACCCAAUGAAAUUGUUAGUCCUGGUGAUUAUAGUUUUAGCCGUGCUAUGAUUGUCGCUCUAAAAAUUGUAUAGUCAUUGUAUAUAAGUGAUAUCGGUACUUAUUAGCAAAGUUUGUAUAUUUGCAAUGAGCGUGGAGAUGAGGAGAUUCUAAAAAACAAUACGAAGAAUUGAUGUUUCUAAAAUUGCAAAAUUAUAGUAAACUGGCUGGUUGAUACAGCGGUAGUUUCUUGUAAUCUAGGCAAUAUCAAUCCCCCCCCCCCAAAAAAAAAAAACAUAUCUGAUUAUCCUGGUCAAAGAUGCUUCCUUCAGCUCUAAUAACAGAUUUUAUUUUGACAACGUAUAUCCCUUGAAUAGUGAUAAAACAAUCACGUCUCUAAUACACUAGUUUAAUAUUUGCACUUUCCUAUUCCCAGUUCUUCCUAUUUCUUACCCCUUACACUGUUAGGCUAGUAAUUUUCUGCACAUACAAGUUUCAAUGGUUUCAAAUAAAAAGUAUUUGCCAAUAUUUUACCGACAUCACUUAACUAGGAGGGUAAUAAGUUAAGGUUGCAUAUCACUGUCUAUAUAGUUGAGAUGCUACUCUAGUGUACAGAAGUUGUUUGAGAGUGUAUGUUUGUUGCCACAGCUGAUAGUAUGUCGUGUUCACUGUUAUAGAAGAUUCUCAGUGUAUCCUAUUAUAAAGUUAGGCAAUUGACUGAUUAUUUUAUUAUAUUUUACAUUCCUUGAUAGCUCACUUAAGAUAUUUUAUAGUUAAUAGUAAUAAAGUACUUUAUUUAGUAGCAACGAAUCAGGUGUUUUAGGCAAAAAAAUUUUACUUUUGCAGCUAAUUGUUUUUAUUAGAUCGUCAACUAAAGCCGUAUUAUUUAUCCAUAGCUGUACUAUUUAUUGUAUGUGUAAUAGAUGUAUUUAGUAAAUACUGUGUGGUAAUACUAACAUUAGUGGAAUUGCAUUUAAAAACUGUCCAAAAAGUUAAUAAAUAGUUUUGGUCAAUUGAGGGUUAUUAUUUUUGUCUAACAAGUAUUUUAAUAAUAUAGAUUGAAAUUGUGAUUUAUUUUAAUUUUAACAGACUAUAGAAAUCAUUAUGCUGGUAAUAUUUUUGCCUCAUAACUAGCUUCACAAAUGAAGAAGCAUUUAAAAAGUAUCCUUCCAAAUUGAUACUAAUCAAUGUAAAUAACAAAAGAUAAAUACAGAUGGAACUCACAUGUAAAUUACAAUAAUGUUUUGCAAAAAACAAGUAAUUUUAUAAAAGUGAACAGUAAAAAAAUUGAAUAAGUUAAUGGUUUUACCAGGUAAUCCAACAAUGUUUCUACUCCCUUUACACCGUCAACUGAAAACAACAGUAUUUGAAACAGUCAGUUUCCAAAACAAUUGACCCAAGGACAAUAUAGCGUGUGUUAGUUGUGAGAUAUACCAUUUAAAAUAUCUUUAGUAAUGUUUGAUAACGUAUAAUAUAGAGUGGAAUUAAGGCCCCAUUAGAAAAAAGGCUAUGCUGCAGCGCGGGCAGCGCAGCACUAUGUCACAGUGGUGGAUAGUUGUACUAAAGUUGCCAGAUGUAAUACCAUUAAGUCUGACAAACAGCCAGCUUAUUUGCCUAAAAAAAAUGGGAUAUGGCAGUGAAUCUAUCCACAAGUGUGACGUCAUGGAUCCUGCAGCAUGGCCUGUUUUUUCUAGUGGGGCCUUGGUGGAAUAGGCUGGGUUCUUACUAGUCAAUAAGAAAACAUCAUCUGACUAUCUGGUAGAAUUAGCUUGUAGAAAGAAUGUUUUAUCAGUUGUUUGUAGCUGUGAGUGAAUAAAAGGGGAAUAGUUUCCUCUAGUUGUUAAGCAAAACAGUUUUUAAUUAAUAUAAACACAAUUAUUAUUUUUUUGCCAUGAAAGCACAAUUUUCAUAGAGAUUUUGUUUUUGAUGUCAUAAAAAUUCAUAUUUAUAAAAAAUUAAAAGUGAAAAUAUUUGUCAAAAUCAUCUAAUGAUAAUAGUCUUUACUGUUUUGUGUUGGAAGCCCUCUAAAAGAACAUGAUAUCAAAAUGGUCUACAUUGUAAAAAUGUUUAAUGAAUACAAUAUUGUAUGUAUAUAAUUUGUGUUUUUUUAAUUACACUAUUAAUAUCCA